AUGAGCCAACAUUGCUCAACAUCAACAGCGGCACCAGGUUUCUUGACUAGAAAUGGCCGCUCGCAGCUCUUGAUCAACUCGCCACAUUUGACCCCGCCUGCGAGGAAUUUCUCCAGUGGACCCGCCACCCGUUCAGACCCCAAGAUGAACUUGAGAUAUCUGACCCCAGACGUGCACCGGGCUUUUAUUGCCUUGGGGAGCAAUGUUGGAGAUCGUGUAGAGAUGAUCGAACAGGCUUGUCACGAAAUGGAUAAAGUCGGCAUCAAAGUGAAACGGACAAGCUCACUGUUUGAGACUGCGCCAAUGUAUGUCCUUGACCAGGACACAUUUAUCAAUGGUGUGUGCGAGGUUGAAACAACUCUUGAACCUCUGGAGCUUCUGGACGCCAUCCAAGCCAUUGAAGUCGCAAUGGGCAGAAAGAAGUUGAUCGACAAAGGCCCGCGGUCAAUCGAUUUGGACAUUUUGCUCUAUGAUCAAAAAGUCGUGUCUCAUGAGCGUCUCAACAUCCCACACAAUCUGAUGCUAGAGCGAGACUUCGUUUUACGACCUCUCAGCCAAUUAAUCCCCAACGAGUACCCACCACUCAAUGGAAAAGAAACCAAAACAUACAGCGCUCAUCUAGCAGCCCUCACUCCACCAGACCCAACACCAGUAUCAACAACCCCAAUCUCACCAAACUUCCAAUCCCUACACGCCACCGACCCAAAGCGCAGCACACACAUAAUGGCAAUCCUAAACCUAACCCCGGACUCCUUCUCAGACGGCGGCAAACACUCCCCAACAGACCUCACCUACAUAACAGAGACAGUGCAUAAAAUGAUCGCCGCCGGCGCCACAAUCAUCGACAUAGGUGGCGAAAGCACCCGCCCCGGCUCAACACCAGUAGGCGCAGACGAAGAAAUCGCCCGCGUCGUCCCAGCAAUCCAACACAUCCGCACCAACAUCCCGGAAGCAGCAAAUAUAGCCAUAAGCAUCGACACGUACCGCGCCCGCGUAGCGGAAGCAGCCUGCGCCGCCGGCGCGGACAUCAUCAACGAUGUCUCCGCCGGCCUCCUGGAUGCAGAGAUGCUGCCCACAGUCGCGCGCAUCGGCAAAUCAAUCAUCCUUAUGCACAUGCGCGGCACGCCCCAGACAAUGAACCAGCUACACGAUUACCCGAACGGCGUGAUCACUGAAGUAGCAGCCGAACUGCGUGGCCGUAUCGCCGCUGCCGAGGAAGCGGGUAUCCGGCGCUGGCGGAUGAUCCUCGAUCCCGGGCUUGGCUUUGCGAAGGUCCAGCCUCAGGAUCUGGAGAUCUUGCGCGAGUUGCCGAAACUGCGUGGUAUGCCUGGGCUUGAGUGCCUCCCAUGGUUGAUGGGACCCAGUCGGAAACGAUUUAUUGGGACUUUGACUGGGGUGACGACGCCCCGGGAUCGGGUUUGGGGGACUGCGGCGACGGUCUCGGCUAGUGUUGCGGGUGGUGCGGAUAUUGUCCGUGUUCAUGAUGUUCAUGAGAUGUGGCAGGUUGCUAAGGUUGCUGAUGCGAUUUAUCGUGUUGAAUGA